AUGGCGGUCUGCUGUGGUGCAGAUAUGUUGGCUACGAAGGUGGGGGAAGCCAAGCCGGUGAUCAUGCAGCGACUGGUGGAGGAGCUGCCGCAGAUCGCGCCCGAGUUCCUUUUUGCGAUGUCCGGACAGCUCCAAGGCGUCCAGCAGGUCAUGGAGGAGGUCAAUGCGAAGAUUGCUCACUUGCAGGAGCAGAUCAACUCCAAGCUGACUCAGGGACUCAUGAAGGAGGUUCAGCGGCUACGAAAUGGCCAUCUUGUCACGCAACUGUCGCACCUGUCCGAAAAGGUGAGUUUGCCGAGUAUACCAGCUGAGGUGGAUUUGAUUGCUUCUGGGGCCGGCACAUUGGCCCCCCACCUGGGUGAUCGAAUUCAGGAGCCCGGCUUGGAGGAUGAGGAGAUAACACCGGAAGAGACCUUUGACUUCCAGGCUGGGAAGAAUGAGCCACUGGAACGUUUGACGGGACCUCAAAGAGCAGUUCAAGCGCUGCGAUGUCACGAGCAACGGCUGCUUGAGCCAGAGGGCUGGGUCUCUGCACAAGAGCUGGUCGCUCUGGCCUUUAGCCAUGGCGAACAGUUGCAGCUGAGCAGCGUGCUGAAGCUCUGCACGUAUCUGGCCUCGCAGCCUGCUGCCACGCGAGUGUCGAAGCGGAUCUCCCUGGUACAGGAUCUCGAUGAGGAACAGCUGAAACAAGAGCUGGAUCUCCACGGAUUCCUAUCCCUUCGUGCACGGACAGGCUUCGAAGGGGCUGCCAAGGACAUCUACGAGACAGCGGAGGCAUUGAACAGGGCGCUAGAUGAGGAAAACCGCAUCUACAAAUUUGAAAACGAUCAAGAGACGUUGCGACGGCGGCAUCUGAUCAACAUGGUGAGACUGUUCAUGGAUGUAGGCAUCGUGCUGGUCAUCGCCAUCAAUGCGGUGUGCAUUGGUAUCAGCACCCGGGCUGACGGUGCGGAUCAAAAUCCGGAUGCCGUGCUUUGGGAAGUGCUGGAGCUGGUGUUUUUUGGCAUCUACUUCUUGGAAUUCAUUGUGAAAGCCUGCUUUCUAGAUCGGUGUAACUACUGGGUGGGGCCUGACUGGAGCUGGAACAUCUUUGACUUUAUUUGCUUGAUGAUCAGCGCUGUGGAACUGUCCAUCAGAUACAUUGGGCGCCUCAUGGAUGGAGGCUCCAACAGCCCGUCAGGACUAGCUCUCUUGAAGGUGUUGCGACUGGCAAGACUAGCACGACUCGUGCGGGUGAUGCGUUUCAAAGCCUUCAAGGAGCUGAAGUUGAUGGCCCUUGGCCUCUUCUCAGGUCUGAAGGCGCUCUUCUGGGCGAUCGUCUUGUUGAUGGCGGUGGUCUUCACGAUGAGCGUCGUGACGCAGUCCUUUUUUGGAGAGGUAGUGGAGGAGUUCAGCACUAUCGAUCGGUCCAUGUUCACCCUUUUCCGCUGCGUCACCCAGACCUGCGAAACCAUCACAGGCGAUCCCAUUCCGGAGGCGCUCUUUUCGGCCUUUGGUUGGCGCUUUCAAAUCAUCUACAUCUUGACCACGAUGUUGGUGACGGUCGGCCUCUUCAAUUUGAUCAUGGCAGUCUUUAUCGACAAUGUCACCAAGUCGCAAAACCAGCGGAAGCAAAAAGAACUGGGAGAGAGUGCCGAAAUGACGGAAUGUGCACUGAAGAUGAUGCUUGCGAAAUUCAUCAACGAGCCGCGGGCAGGUGACAACUCCAAGGACAUGCUGAAGCGAAUCAGCGACGACGCACUGAAGAAACUCGCCAGCCUCACCGAUGCAGGACGUCGAAACCAGGCGGAGCAGCGACGCGUGGCCAACGAAGCUUUCAACUUGCUGGAGGAGUGUCAUAUCAAUAUCACCAGAGAGGUUUUUCAGGCCUGGUUGAAGGACCCUGAAUUCGUCAAAGUGCUUGAAGAGGCUGAAGUUGACAUCUCCAACAAGUUUGAGCUCUUCAAUAUCCUCGAUGUGGAUUCUGGAGGGGAGCUGUCAGUUGAGGAACUCUUGCCACUCGGCUACAGGAACGGCCUGAUGGGUCUACGUGGAGACGUUUCGAAAGGUGAUGUGGUCUCCAUCUUGCUGCGGGUUCGAGAUCUCCUGCAACGCGCAGCUUGGAUCGGAGGGGAAAGGAGAUGGGCUGGAACUUGGAACGAAAGAGUGGGGAUUUGA